UUGACUUCGGCUGUCCGUAGGGAAGAAAAAUGGCCGCCGUCGAGGAAAGAGUGACGUAGAUAUUGUGUUUUGUUUGUAUCGGAUUGUUAUUUAGACUCCGAUUGGUUAUUUUGAUCAGUAAAAGUGAAUUUUGUGUGGGUUAUCACGCAUACUUGUUGAACCAAGGCGUUCGUGUCACUUCACUGUUGGCAUGAUGGAGGUGCUAAUUUGUAAUGCUAGAAAGGAACUGUACCUGUGACAUGGGCUUUCCCAACUGAAUAGGCGUAAUGAGCCAAGGCCUGCAAAACACAGCCCUAACACAGCGGUUCCGGCCGGUGGCCAUUGUGGGUCCUUACCAGGACCCAGGCGGCUGCUGGAUGAGCUCCCCCCACCCAACGAGUUCCACGCUUGCUCCCUCCCCUUCCCCAACUCCCUCAUCCCACUCCACCCACUCCCAUUCCCAUAUACCAGCUUUAUCGCCUUCCCCAGUUCCCACCUCAAUCCGAAUCGAUAACAACAAUAUGGAUAAUACAGUGAAGCUUUCUCCCACCAUUGCUCAAAAGCGAGCAGAAGUGAAAUUAAAUGCUAUGCCAUGGUUUCAUGGCAAAAUUUCUCGAGAAAGAGCAGAGCAGCUUCUUUGUCCAAAGAUGGACGGACACUUUUUGGUCCGGGAGUCAACAAACUUUCCCGGAGACUACACACUGUGUGUAUGUUAUCAAGGAAAAGUUGAGCAUUACCGGGUGAAGUACAAGGAUCAUAAGCUCACAAUUGAUGAUGAGGAAUUCUUUGAGACCCUUGCUCAGCUUGUUGAGCACUAUGAACAGGAUGCUGAUGGACUGUGCACCCAACUCACAAAGAGUUUACCUAAGAAAGGGAAACAGGAUUUUUGUGUUGACACUAAAGCAUUUGUGGAGGCCGGUUGGGUCAUACAUGACCAUGAGCUAGAGCUAAAAGAGUCUAUUGGUAAAGGGGAGUUUGGAGAAGUAAUGCUAGGAAUUUUACGAGGAGAAAAGGUAGCAGUGAAAGUAUUAAAAGACUCCAGUGAAGCUGCACAAAAAUUUCUUGCAGAAGCCUCUCUUAUGACGUCAUUGAGGCAUGAAAAUCUGGUACAACUUCUUGGCCUAGUUAUGAACAAACAACAUAUCUACCUGGUUACAGAGUUUAUGAGUAAAGGUAGUUUGGUUGAUUACCUACGUUCAAGAGGCAGGCUCCAUGUGACAAAACGAGAUCAGAUAAAUUUUGCUGUAGACACGUGUUCUGGUAUGGAGUACUUAGAAUCAAGAAAGGUAGUUCAUCGUGAUCUGGCAGCCAGAAAUGUUCUUAUUUCUGAAGAAGGUGUAGCUAAGGUAUCAGAUUUUGGUCUAGCCCGUGAAGAAAGUUUCACUCAAGAUGGGGGUAAACUACCCAUUAAGUGGACUGCCCCAGAGGCCCUAAAACUUGGGAAAUUUUCUAACAAGUCAGAUAUGUGGAGCUUUGGUAUCCUACUGUGGGAAGUGUAUUCUUUUGGAAGGGUACCAUAUCCAAGAAUACCCCUUGCAGAUGUGGUAAAACAUGUAGACAAGGGCUACAAGAUGGAAGCCCCAGAGGGUUGCCCACCAGAAGUUUAUCAAAUUAUGAGCCAAGCAUGGCAUCUUAAUCCAGAAAAGAGGCCAAAUUUUAAGGAUGUGAAAUCUAAACUGAUUCUGCUACAGAAUACAACUGCAUAGUAUACAUGAUAGUUGGCAUUUCAAUGUCCUUUCAGAGUUUGAUGUUUUCUGGCGGGCAGUCACUUCAUGUUCUUUAAUCGUCCACAUUUUAAAAAGUAAAAAUAUUAUUUAUUUAUACGUAUUGGGAUUAAGUUACCCAGGAACCAAAGCUUUCCCUUAUCCCUGAGCCUUUGGGUAGAGUACAAUCCAAGACAGAAGGGAUAGUGUGCAUUAUGCCCUUGUACAUAGUUGAGAAAAUGAGUAAGAAAUCUCAUGUUUCAUCACUUUGAGCUAGUAAUUGUAUAAAAAAAAAGUUUAUGGAAAGAAUUUUAUUUAUAACAUUUGUGUUUCACACAAAUUGGAGUUGAGUGUUAAAUUAUGAUAAUCUUUAUCUCUGUGCAUACUUCUAGUUUUAAGUAGAAAAUCUUUUUCUUAUAAGCCAGGACAUCAUAAAUUCUGUUUUUAACUCUCUUUUUCUCUUUACUACAUUCUCUGAAAUCAUAAAGAUGCUGUAAAGUAUUGGCACCCAUAUGUGCCAUGUCAGAGGAUACAAAUUUUAAACUAAAUUUGUCAUCACAGAGUUCAUUUUAAUUUUUCUCUUCUUGUAUUUCUUUGUUAUUUGGAUGAAUCUCCUCAUCAGGUCAUUUCAAUUUGUUUCUCUUUGUUUGUUUGUUUUUUUUUCUCUUUAAUGAUGUAAGCAGUUUCUCUAGUCCAUGUUCUGUCUUAAUUGACAUGCCUCAUUUGGCAGAAUUUUGCAGGUCUGUUCGUCUUAAAUGUCAUGCGUUUCUUCAAUGCAUAAUUGAGAGAGAAUUUCUUUCAGGGCCUGUAUGUUUUCUCUUUGGCAUCAGAUCCUUAGUUGUAAAUCAAUACUUGGCUCAGAUAUCAGUGUAAUUUGCACUGUUUUCACUCUGACAUUCACCAAAGCUAUUAAGUAUGAAGUCCUCUUACUUCCAGCUGCAGUAUCAGUCACUCAGUGAUUAAAAAGUAUGUCGUACAGUUAAUUGUGUGUAUGAUACAUUUAUGUUAUUGCUGUCUUGUUUCCAAAACUACAUUGGAAACAAUAUACAUAUAUUCAUGUAUGUCAAUAUAAAUAGUCACCACCUGGAGCUUUGGCUUUUAGGAUCUUCCAUGAGUAAUAUUUCUCGUUAUCUGCACCAUCUUCUAUUGUAUGUUCUGUGUUUGAAUGUGCAAUGAGAUGUGCAUAAUUACUAUAUUUUAAUGUAGUAGUUAAAUUUACAAACCUAUCUGUCAAGCAUGCAACAAAUUUUGUGAUGAAAAAAUUGUUGAAUGCUUUUCAGUAGUGAAAUCUGUGACAAAUCUGAUAAACUCUCUUUAGUGAUUAUUCUUACGUUUGGACACAUCCAUCUUCUCGUAGCCCAAGAUAAGUGGUAAUCGCUUUCAUUACAUUUUUUCAUCAUUUUCAUUACAUGCUCUUUAUUUAAAAGUUGUGAAUGUUUAGACUGUUGUUAGAGGAAGAAUUUUGUGUUUGUUGUUAGCUUGGGAUCAACACUGCAUCACAGUGUUCCUUGGGUUGUAGCAGCAACACAAAUUCAAAAUAAGCCUGUAUCAUUUAAAACUUGAGCAGGAAAUUGGUGGACUUUGGUGGAAAAUUUGUUAGUGUAUCUCUUAAAUGAACUUGAAUCAUGUUGACUUUUUAAUUAAGGAAUCAUGUUGACUUUUUAAAAAUAAUGAUGGGAUAAUCAUGAAGACUGCUGCCAUGGUACAAUGGUGCCUGUUGUAAUUUGAAUUCAAUCUUAUUGUGUUUCAUUGAUGCUGAUCAUUCCCUGUAUUGUGUUGUCCUGCAAGGCAGCGUUUGUUGAUUUUAAAUACUAUUUUAUCAUUGAUUUUUCCCUAAAAUAUAUUCUGCAAUGAUUUAUGCAUUCAUUCUGUGAUUCUGCAUUGUAAUUUCCAUUUCUCUUUGAAGAAUUUUAAAUAACCCUUUGGUGUACUUGUACUCCCCUUUUAUGAUGAUGAUUCUUUGAAAAGUGCCAAUGUUUCAUCUCUAACACUGUAUUCAAGUAAAGUGUGCUUUGUCUCUUUCUUUCUGGCCAGGCACUUGGUGCUUGUUUUCCUUGACAUAAUUAACCAACAACUGUUUCACAUCUUUUCAUUUACCAUUUGUAGAAACAUUGGUUAAUUUUGGUGGUGUUAUUGUCUUCCCUGGUGAUGUGAUGUGUUAUUUAGUAAAACUUAAGUGAAAAAAGCAGGUAAAAUUUUGUGAAUAAAAGCCAGCUGGUUGCAUUGUUCAGUUGUUGUUUUCAAUCAGAAGGAGUGUACAAAACCACAUUUUUGUGUGGUCUUUUGAUCUGGAACAUUUGAAGAAAGUUGUAAGUCACUCGGUUUUGGUCUGCAUAAUGUGAUUGUAAAUGUGUCCAUCCUUAGCUGCUUCUGUAAGAAGUAAAGUAAGCAAAGCUUUUUUUUUUUUCAAAAAUUAAUUCUUGAAAAAAAUAUGAUGAUGCCAAGGUAUUUAAACUGAUGUCUCCCGUUAAUGUGUGAGUGAGUUUGUGUGUGUAUGAAUCGAUGAGAAUAAGUUUGCCCCAUUUCUUGUUGUUUUUUUUUUUCUUCUUCUUCUGAUUGCAUGUUAGUCAAAUCAGAUCUUGUGCUAAGUAGAGGUUGUUGCCAAUUUAACUUAUGCUCCGAACAUGUUCUCUGCUCAAAUGCAUGCUGCUGUUAAUAAGGUCUGUCCGCAUAGUAGGAUGCAACUGUACAGUCCAUGGGAGUGAGUAGUAGAUAAAUAUUGUUUUAUGGUCUUGGUAAUACUUCUGUUACACAUGGUUAUGAAAUCUGAUAAGUGUUGUGGACUGUGUAAAGCAGUAUUCUGUUAGAGUAUCAACAUAAAUUAUAGACUUUAUAUCUUUAUAUCUCAGGUUAUAUAAUUUUCUGUAGCAAGAUUGUUUGCUAAUUGUGUCAGUCCUUCAAAUUGUCAAACCUCUCAUGUUUCAGACAAAGUGAAAAUGCUUCAUCACGCUAUUUUCAUAGACUUGCAGACAAAUAAAAAUAAUCCAAACUGAUUUGAGCAAUCAAUGUAUUUGCUCAAGCUCAAGUAGAAAUAACACCUGUGAUUACUUAAACAUUUUUAAAAGAGAUGAAGCUGUAAAUUGUUGUAUAUUCUCAGCAUUUUUACUUUUAAUGUUUUUCUUGAUUUUGCCUUAAAAUUGGUUUAAUUUACAAUAUUUUAAAUAUCACUUUUGAACAGACUACCAAUCUAAGACAGUCCCAACAGAGAUAAGCUUGCCAGUCAUAGGUGUCUUGAUGUUCAGUGCUGGUUUUGCCCUAUUCUAUUAUCUGUUGUUGACAUGUUGGUUUAUGUGUUUUGCUUACUGGCUUCAAAUUUGCUGCCUGUGAUGAAGUCUUAAAAUUAAAUCAUUAAUUCAACCCAUUGACUUAUAUUUACUGUGUAAUUGCCUAACCAACCAAACUAACCUUGCCCUUAAUGUUUUCAUUUCAUGCCUUGUCUUCAGUUGUUUCGAAACUCUCCAGUGUACCCUUUAUGCAGUGCUUGUGCUUUUGACAGCAGUUGUACAAUCGGAACAGUACUGAUGCACCAUGUUACAAUGUAAGCAUUGUCUAAUCAAAAUUUUCGUAAAUGCUUUACUAUGUACAACAUCUUUUAAAUAAAUGCAUAAAUCUUUGAAAA